AUGUCGUCGGCCCAAUCGGCUCUGCGCUACGUGGCUGCCGCCAAGACGUCGUCCCUCGGCACCCUCUACCUCCACUGCUACGUCAAGCCCGGCGCAGCAAAGGCCCGUGAGGGCGUCACAGGGCUUACGGAGGACGCCAUCGAGAUAUGCGUUGCAGCCCAGCCGCGAGAGGAGCAGGCCAACAAGGCUGUGCUGCGGCUGCUCAGCGAGGCAAGUCCAUCUGAAAUACUCAAGUUUCCAAGGUCAGACUUUCAGAUUAUCCAGGGUUCGAACAGCCGACACAAGUCUGUUGCUCUGAGAGGCAUGGCGGGUGGAGAGGACGGGGUCUGCAGAGUGCUGGACAUCCUGCGCCGAGAGGCCGCCGGCUGA